CAUUUUUCCUGGUUGGAAUUUAGCCGAGCAAAAUAAAUGGUUUUUUCCUUGUCGAAUCGUCUGUUUAACAUCGGAGUUCACUACUUGGAUGACAACAAAUCAUAUUUCCAAAUGAAAGCCAGGGCACAGGGAAGUGAACUGUUUGACUGCAUUUGCCACUUGUUGGGACUCGAGGAUAAGGAUUAUUUUGGUCUCCAGUUCAUCGACCGAAACGGAAAUUUGGCUUGGCUUGACAACGAGAAAACUUUGAAGAAACAAAUUUGGCAUUUAAAGAACCGAGAGCUACUUUUUAGAGUCAAAUUUUAUAUCCCCGAUCCUUCUUCCCUCGUAAAUGAAUUCACAAGUGUUCGCAGCUGA